GCUGCGUGAUCCGCGGACGUGAUCGUGUGGUAUGCUUGAUCGUCGUGUUUCAUCAUCCGUUCCUCGAGAUUUUAUGAAAUUUCGUGAAGUGAAUCAUGACGUCGAUCGUUAUACCUGUGUUGCGAUUUAGUCGCUUAACGAUUGAUAAUUUAUAUCAAAUUAAUAGGAAUUUACAUAGGUUACCACAAAUAUCUUCUGCAUUUUCUUGGCAAAGACAAUAUUAUGGUACAAUAACAGAGGAGAAGAAACCAGAUGCUGCUAAUGUACCUCUAGAGCAAGAAGCUAGAAAGAUAAAGGCAGAACUGGAGCUCAUCAACAAAGAGCUUGCUGAACUUAAAGAAUCUAAAGAUGCACUUGAAGAUAAAUAUAAGAGAGCACUGGCUGAAGGAGAAAAUAUUCGAAUUAGACUCACCAAACAGAUUAAUGAUGCCAAGCUGUUUGGUAUCCAAGGUUUCUGUAAGGACCUUUUAGAUGUAGCAGAUAUAUUGGGGAAAGCUACGGAGAGCGUACCAAAGGCUGAAAUAACAGAGAAAAAUCCACAUUUAAAAAGCUUAUAUGAAGGAUUAAUAAUGACGGAAGCCCAAUUACAUAAAGUUUUCAAAAAGCAUGGCCUAAUUUCAUUAAACCCAAUAAAUGAAAAAUUUGAUCCUAAUGAACACGAAGCAUUAUUUCAACAAGAAGUUGAGGGCAAAGAGCCUGGAACAAUUGUAGUUGUAUCAAAAAUAGGAUAUAAAUUACAUGAAAGGAUAGUAAGACCAGCAUUAGUAGGUGUUGCUAAAGGAUAAUUGUCUAAUCUAAAGAUAUAAUAUAGAAGUUAGUGUUAAAUCUUCUAUAAACUGUAUACAAGGGUGAGCGGAAAAAAAUAUGUUACUUUUACACGAAGA